AUGGCAUCUACUUCAUCUUCUAAAACAAGCUAUGAUGUUUUCCUUAGUUUUAGAGGUGCUGAUACUCGUGAGAAUUUCACUAGCCAUCUUCAUCAAAAACUGCUUGAUAAAAACAUCCAAACUUUCAUUGACAAUAGGCUUGAUAGAGGUGAAAACAUUGAAUCGUCCCUCAUCAAAGUCAUCAAAGCGUCUCAAAUUUCCGUCAUUGUCUUCUCAAUAGGGUAUGCAUCUUCUCCAUGGUGCUUGGAUGAACUUGUUAAGAUUCUUGAAUGCAGAGAAACAAUGGGGCAGACUGUUUUGCCAAUUUCCAUCAUCAUCACUAAUAAGCUAAGUGCUUCAACAUAA